AUGGCCCAGAGCAUACCCGUGCCUCCAACUUACACAUAUUUCAACUACACUAUGCCGUCGGAAUAUCCACAAGAUUCAGAUGACUUCUUGGUCAAUGUCAUCGAAGGGUCAGACUCCGAAUACGACGCCCGACUAAGCAAGAAGACGAACUCCGUACAUCGGAAGAAACAUGUUGCGACAAUUCAGACAACUUUGCAUUGCUGGAAGCUUACGAAGGCUGCCCCUAAAAUCAAGGAUGGUGCACCAAGCUGGAAGCGAGCAGAGAGGGCUCAAAUGACACUGCCAUCAGAUGAACUUGAAUUGCAAGCCAAAAAGCAGCGCAAGGCAAGAUCUCUAACCGAGAUGUACGAAACCUUGUCGACCGACCAGCGUCAACAAGUUGAGGUCCUCAUUCAGGAGCAAAGGCGAAACGAAGUGAACAAAUACGCUCGUUGGGAAAUAGCAGCCAUACACCGCGAGGUUCUUAACAAUCUGAGGACCAGGAUCCGAGAGACCACCUUCAUUCGCGUGAUACUAAGCAGAGACGAUAAACGCAAAGCUGAGAAGACAGCGACGGAGCAUGGUGCUAGUGUUGCUAGCAAUAUUUCCGACCUCAAUGAUCUGUCCGACUUGUCACUGAAGCAGACAGAAACUGGAGGCAACCAACGUCUUCCUCCAAAGAGAAGGGAGUUUCAGGCACAAUCAAAGGCUAAAAAGGCAAUCAACGAGAACGUCAUCGAAGUUUUGCCUGAUCCAGGCAUCGGGAGCGCAUAUGCUGUCAAUGUGCCAUCGCUGGGGAGUCCUUUACCAUCAGAUCGUCUGCGAAGUCAUCGAGAGUGGAGCAAUGAUGCUCCGCUCUGGUACUCGCCGUCGGCUGGACCAGAGCACGAGGCUAUGCCUCAGAACCAAUUGAACCAAUGGCGUCCACAACAGGAUAUCGAACUUCAAAGAACCCAGCAAGGUCACCACGUCCAGAAUGCUCUUGCAUACAUAACCAGCAUGAAUCAAAAUGCUCGUACACAGGUGCAGGGUCAAGUCUACGAAGACACAUGCACGCAAUCUACUCUACCCGAGCCAUGGCUCUCCCAGCAGUCUCCGCUGAAACCGCGAGCCUUUGGUUACAACCCUCAUGGUAUACCUAUACAGCAGCAAUUUGAGAAGAUUUCAACACAUGAAACUUCACCACACCUUGAACCUCAGAGGGCUAGUAGCAGCCAAGACUACUUUGGACAGCAGUUCGGAAACCAACACGAGAUAGCAGCAAAGCCCUCAUUCGCUGGCCCGUCUCAAAUUGCGAACAACAAUAGACCCGCACUGGUUACAGCCGAUUACACUAAGAACCCAGAAGCUUAUCGGGGUCCCCCAAGCACAAAGAUCCAGAUCUCUGACGAUACGGAUUGGCCCAGUUACAAUCCCAAUAUGGAGCAACUCACUCCACCAUUGCCGCAGUUGCAGCAACAUCUGAAACAAGUAAACCACAGUGCCGAGCGACUGCGGCGAGAAGACGUGCUGUUCUGGAGGACUCAGGCCCAGCUAAGUCACUCGCGAUCGUCCUCGAGUUUAGAUGACCAGUCAUCAACCAUGGCAUCGCCCGAGCAGAGCUCACCGCCCACCUCGGUAUCAGGAGAUGGUAUGCCGCCACACUUCCGAUAUGAUGCUAGAAACGAUAUCACACCAGGUCGGUUUGGCCAACAGCUUGCUGCGCAUGACUUCCUUCGCCCGAACCAGACCAGACAACAAGAACAGAUACCCGUGUUGCCUCAGAGGAGAGAGAGCGAAUACAGGCCUGCAACCAGGCGUGGCGUCAGCUUCGAGGACGAACCAUUCGAGAUCCCAGAUAGACAAUAUCCCCCACAACCGGUCCAGCACACUUUCAAUCCUAGCAUGUACCAUCCAGACAACUACACUAGACCAUCAGCUCCAGAUCCUCCAGAGCCAAAAGUCAAUGCUCCACCCUAUCACCCACACCGGUAUCAACCACGACAGCACACCGAGCCAGAAAAUACUUCAAUGCUCGAACGCCUGAAUGAACGGCUUGAUCACAUGGAACUCAGGCAGGCAGAAGGAGCGACCAGAAGAGCUGUUGAGGCGGCGCAGAAGAGACGAGAAUUGGAAAGGAAAGAAGCGUACGAGAAAGGAGUUGAAGAUGCAAUGGCGUGGAAGGCACGAUCCGGCGACUUUGGAAAUUUCGGGUGA